AUGGAAGCUCUGCUCAACCAGUCGCGGGCGCUUUGUCCCUUUCUGCAGAGGACUUCUCCUGCUUCCCUCCGCUCGCUUUCAACCCCUAGCCGGGCCAAUGCCAGCCCUGGAGGAGGCACCAUCUCCAAUCUGCAGGUCAUUGCCCGCAGAUGUCCCGUCAUGAGCAAGGCCCUUGCUGUGCAGAGCGCCCGGAUGGCUUCCAAGUCGUUCGGCACCCUGGCUGGCCGGGCCAGUGGAACUACCAGCGUCAACGGAGUGUGUGCUGCUGCAGGCAAGAAGAGGUUCCAUACCACUGCAAGCAAGGAGGCUGCCGUUGAUCACGAUGCUCAUAGUAACCAUGCGAAUAUCCCCCCUACGUUUCCCAAGGCAGGCGUACUUGAACCAACUAUGGUGAACGGUGUGGCCGUCUACCCGGGACCCAAGCCGGAGGCCCCUGCGUCAAAGAAAUUUGAUUACGAAGGGUUUUACAAUAGCGAGUUGGACAAGAAGCAUAAGGACAAGUCCUAUCGCUAUUUCAACAACAUCAAUCGGCUUGCGCGUGAAUUCCCUCGUGCGCACAUGUCCGCUCCAGAGGAGCGGGUGACUGUGUGGUGCGCCAACGAUUACCUUGGCAUGGGACGAAAUCCACAAGUGCUUCGAACGAUGCAUGAAACACUCGACAAUUAUGGUGCUGGUGCAGGAGGCACCCGAAACAUCUCAGGACACAACCAACAUGCUGUUGGGUUGGAGAGCACCCUUGCCAAAUUGCAUGGAAAGGAGAGUGCUUUGGUGUUCAGCUCCUGUUAUGUUGCCAACGAUGCCACUUUGGCCACUUUGGGAAGCAAGCUGCCAGACUGCGUGAUAUUAUCCGAUAGUUUGAAUCAUGCGUCGAUGAUUCAGGGAAUACGCCAUUCUGGCGCAAAAAAGAUGGUCUUCAAACACAAUGACCUGCGAGACCUGGAGCAGAAGCUGGCUUCUUUGCCCCUAUCUGUUCCCAAGAUCAUAGCGUUUGAGUCCGUCUAUAGCAUGUGUGGCUCCAUUGCUCCAAUUGAGGAAAUUUGCGAUCUAGCUGAUAAAUAUGGUGCCAUCACUUUUUUGGAUGAAGUCCAUGCUGUGGGCAUGUAUGGACCACACGGCGCUGGCGUUGCUGAGCACCUCGAUUUCGACACCUAUGCGUCGUUGGACACGGCCAAUCCUAAAAGCACCAAAGGAACCAUUAUGGAUCGAAUUGACAUUAUAACCGGCACACUUGGGAAGGCUUACGGCUGUGUUGGCGGAUAUAUCGCUGGAUCGGCUUCGUUUGUGGACACAAUCCGAUCUCUCGCCCCGGGUUUCAUCUUCACAACAUCCCUUCCCCCCGCCACCAUGGCUGGUGCCACAACUUCUAUCAAAUACCAAGCUUCAUAUGGCCGAGACCGCACACUUCAACAGCUUCACACCCGAGCCGUUAAAGCCGAAUUAACCGCCAAAGAUAUCCCCGUCAUCCCCAACCCAUCACACAUUAUACCGAUCCUGGUUGGGGACGCAGAAGUUGCCAAAACGGCUUCCGACAUGCUCCUUAAAGACUACGGGGUGUACGUGCAAGCCAUCAACUACCCCACCGUUCCGAGAGGCGAGGAGAGAUUGCGGGUCACCCCAACCCCCGGCCACGUCAAGCCAUACCGCGACCACCUCGUCCAUGCAAUGCAGGGUGUCUGGGAACGGCUUGGAAUCCGCAAGACCAGCGACUGGAAAGCAGCAGGCGGCUUUUUGGGCGUUGGGUUCGAUGACGAUAAGAAUCGUCCCCUCUGGACCAACGAGCAGCUUGGGCUGCGUGAAGGGGAGAAUCUGGAAGAGGCACUGGAUCGUGAGCUCAGAGCUGACGCACUGCACAGGCAACGGAUGAUGGCUGAUUUGCAGAAGGAGGAACUGAUGGCUCAUGCGAAUGCGAAUGCAGUCGCCGCUCCUGCUUCCACUCUCGUCGGUGUCGCUGCGUAA